UUGUUUAUUAUUUUCUGAUAAAUAGAAAACAGGUAUGGUGUCCCGUAUAUUACGACCUAUCGCCUUAGGGCGGCUGCGUUUGGCUCACGUGGACGAUGCGCCAGUGAUCAUGAACCUGGUCACGGAAUCCAUGUCUAAGAACUUCAGGAUUGAUGAUGAUACAGACAUCGUGUACUUGAUACAAAACUGCGUGCUAUGCAUAUGCCAACUGGACAUCAACGAUUCCAUAGUGGGAUUUUUAGCAGCAAAAGACUACCCUCUACUUCCGUCGGUACACCCCAGGGCCUGGGAAGAGUAUAUUUGGACUAAAUAUAAGUCGAUAGAGCUGAACGCUCGCAACACGCUGUUCAUCCAUCUGCUGUGCUGGAACCCGGCGUACGCGCGGGAACUAGUGGACAGCCUGCUCAAGUCCAUGUUCAUGCACGACCCCUACCUGCAGCACGUCGCCAUGCUCAAGCCGCUGACGUCAUACCCGCUGCUAGUUCCCGGUCAGUCCCGCUCCGAGGCAUCGUUCCGGCGGGUGCAGGCGAUGGAGCGCGGCGUGCCCGGCGAGAUGCUGCCGGCGCUGUGCAUCGCCGACCGGGCCGAGGUCAGCCCGCGCCUGCGCAUACGGAGAGCUGUUCCCGCUCCGGGCCCGUUCCGGCGUGCCCGGCCAGAAUGCCAGAUGCUGCCGGCGCUGUGCAUCGCCGACCGGGCCGAGGUCAGUCCGCGCCUGCGCAUACGGAGGGCUGUGUUAGUGGACACUAUUGAUGACGUAGACGUAGGAUGCGAGCAGCGCAGGACCGUUUGUUUAUUAGCGAUCUUUUUGUGA